CGACUAUCAGUAUCUAACCACAAUUUAACCAAUAAUGAUCAAAUUGUACAAUGUGGUUCUUUAUUUUUGUUUUUUAAGUUAUUAUUUUGUUAACUGCAGAUUUACAACAACAAAGAUAGGUCCUCCGCCCAUAUGGAAUUCAACGCAUACCGAUAAGUUGCGACAGGAUUUGCUCCUAAAUUAUGAUAAAUUCGCAAGGCCAGCACAACACGAUGCCUUAACAACUGUUAGAUUUGGAUUGAGCGUUCGUCAUAUCGAAAUUGAUGAGUUCAAAUCCACAAUGACUGUUUAUUCCUGGGUUAGACUGGUUUGGGCUGAUGAGAAAUUGAAGUGGGAUCCAGCGGAAUACGGUGACUUGAAAGUUUUAAAUUUAGCAGAUCAUGAAAUUUGGCAACCAGAUUUAUUCGUUUAUAAUAGUGCUGUCACUACUGCCCUCAAUCACUUUGGAAGCACACAUUGUCUUGUAUAUGAUAACGGCGAGGUAUUAUGGGUCCCCCCAGCACAAUUUACUGUUCUCUGCCAACUUAAUUUAAGGUAUUGGCCUUUUGACACACAGGAAUGCUAUAUGAAAUUUGGAUCUUGGACCUACAAUGGUGAUCAAAUUGAUCUCACAAUAAUGAACAAUGCUACAGAAGUAGAGUUGGAAUUAUUAAUAGAAAACUCAGAAUGGACUAUACUUAAACACACUAUAAAAAGAUCAGUAAAAAUUUAUGAUUGUUGUGCUGAACCAUAUCCAGAUAUAACAGUCACAUUUUAUUUGCAAAGAGUAUCCCCCUCAUACAAGGCAGUUAUCGUUACACCUGCUAUUGUCGUCAUAAUUUUGACCUUAAUAACCUUUUGGCUACCCCCAAUGGCUGGUGAAAAGAUAAUUAUUAAUGGAUGCACUGCUGUGAUCAUUUGUCUUUUCCUGCUAUACUUCACUCAAAAACUACCAGCAAUGGGAACUCAUACUCCUUUAAUAGUAUUAUUUUACUGCCAUUCUCUCUAUAUGGUUAGUUUUUCACUUAUUGGCUCAGUCAUAGUAAUAUGGUUGUCAAGGACCAAACACACCACAGGUUUGCCUUGGGUAUUAAAGAAGCCUUUAACCGGAACUGUCGGAAGAGUUUUAGGACUUAGCACAUACUUGGCGCAGUCUGGUUUAACUACUGUACAUAGAGUGACUGCGGAGGAAAUGAGAGAUCACCAAGUGACUGAUUUUGAUGAUCACAAUAGCGGCGACGAACACCAUAUCAUUAAGUCAGCGACAAUAAAGCCGUCACUUCAAAAUGAUUGGAUACUUUUGGCUGCAGCAAUCGAUAGACUUUCUUUUUGUUUUUAUUGUUUUGUAUUUGCAAUUUUAGCUAUUGUUUAUUCUAUUUAAGUCUUUUGUUUUUAUUUGAAUUUAAGAAUUAUAAGGCUUAAUACAA